AUGGGUUACUUGGUAUGCGGUAAUUGGAUCGGAUGGUCGUCGCCGGCCACCUACCUGAUGAAGCACAACAAGACCGAAUUGGACGUGACCAAUUACGGUAUGAUGAUCGCCAUGUACGACUUGGGAAACCUGAUCAGCCCCAUACCGUGCGGUUUUUUGCUGGGAUUAUUGGGCAGGAAGCUGACGAUCUGCAUCAUCGGACCGUUAAACAUGAUCGCCUGGACAGCGAUUCUCGUGUGGCCUUCCCGGUUGGAUGUGCUGUACGCGGCCAGACUGUUCGCCGGACUGGCCAAGGGGAUGACACUGUGCUCCAUACCCAUAUACGUGGGUGAGAUAGCCGAGGUCAAGUUGAGGGGUACCGUGUUGUCCAUGUUUCCGAUCAGUUUGGCGUUGGGCAUGAUAGGCAUACAGUCCAUCGGCCAGGUGCUCGAUUACCAACAGCUCAACAUGCUGGGUCUGUCGUUCUCGACCGUGUUCACGGUGCUGUUCUUAUUCAUGCCCGAGAGCCCUUACUACCUGAUGCAGAAAAAUCGGAGGGAUCAGGCCGAGAAAUCGCUCAGGCGCAUCCGAGCCAAGGGCGACGUUACGGACGAGCUGGAGAUGAUCGAGAAGACGGUCGCCAAGCAGAUGCAGUCAAAGGCGACGUACGGUGAGUUGUUCAUGAACAAGUCCAACCGGAAGGCUUUCGUCAUUACGGCGGGGGCUUGCGUGUUUCAGAGGCUGAGCGGCAUUAGUCCGUUCAUACACUUCAGCUCGAUCACGCUGCCGAACACCCACUACUGGAUGAAUCCGCUGGUGGCCGUCAUGGUGUUCAGCCUGGUCAAGAGCGUCGGUAACCUGGUGCCGUUGGUCUUGGUGGACUGGAUGGGACGGAAGCCGCUGAUGGUGGGGUCGCACGCCUUGAUGGCCCUGGUGACCGCCGCUUACGGCGUCGGCCUGUACGUGGUGGCCAACGGGCCCGAACACAAACCGUUGGCGUGGUGGCCGGUGGUGGCGCUGUGGGGGUACGCCUUGUCCUACUCGCUGGGCGCCGGCACGCUCACGUACACGCUGCUCGGCGAGAUGUUCGCGGCCAACGUCAAGACCAGGGCGGCCCCGCUGUGCGUCAUGAUGUUGGCCAGCGGCUCGUUCGUCCUCGACGGCAUCUACACCACCAUGACUCAAGCGUUUGGCGUCCACUCCAAUUACUUCCUGUACUCCGCCUUCAACUUCGUCUGGGCGGCCUCCGCCGGCUUCGUCAUGGUCGAGACCAAGGGAAAGACCUUUUUGGAGAUUGAGGAGAUGCUCGCGUCCUGA